GAUCGCUGCUCCCUCGCUGACGAACUCUUGUUCUCUCUGCUGUGCCUCGUGUCUUUCCGACGAUACGAAAUUUUACAUAAAACCCCGCAAACGCGAGAACAACUCGAGUGAACUGGCCCAAAAACUUUCAUCAGCCCCUUGUUACUAAAAUAUACAAGGGAUUUGCGCGUCAAAAAUCCAUUCGCGUUAGAGGGCGCUCACGGUUGUUACGAAAGUUCACAGGAGCCGUUGAAACCUCUAAUUAACGCGAGUGUCAAAUAUUUUUGCAUGACGAUUAUUACGGGAAUAUCAACGUUUCACAAUAUCAUCCCAUCGAAUUAUCAGUUUUGAUUUAUUUCAACAGUUUUCAAUUCAAUCUCCAACUUGAGUUUUUAGCAACGAGUUUUCUACGAUUCUCUCGUCGUUUCUACAGUCCUCCCGAAGCACGUGCCUGACUAUUCGAUCUUCAUUUUUCUGUCCUACGCAUCCGAGUGUUUUUCUAUCUUUCGAGCAUUGCAACUUUCCCGCCUUUUUUCUAUUUCCCCACAUUUCUCACAAGUCUUGCUAUUGUUUGAGUCUUAUUUCCAGUGUUUUUAUUGUCAGUUUUUUUUUUUUUUUUUUUAAUUUUGGGCACAGAAAGACAAAGUUUCGCGAAUGUGUUUGAUUGAAUGGGAUUCAGGGUUUCGGAGGUCUACUCGAACGGGAGUAGGACAGUAAGUUCUUUGCUUUUCUGUGUGAGGGUGAAAGUGUUGGUGGUGGUGAUAAAGAAUAAUAUCGGAGGGAAUGGAAAGUCGAAUUACCGGCUUACAAGGGAUCGUUGGUGUGGCCGAAACGCCGCGUGGCGUUGCGACACCAUCUCCCGUACAAAGCUCGGCCAGCUGUCAACAGUCAUCACAGCAAACCACUGUUGGAACUACGAUAACGCCUAUCGCGACAUCUUCUUUAUCCUCUACUCUAAAUGUCGCGAGCCUUGGACACAUUACUUCCGUUUCGAUGAACCAAACCUCCUUGGCCGCUGUUGUUACUACUCCGUCUGUCACUCAACAACAUCAGACCACUGCGAGCGGUCUUCCAAGAAUCCUCAGCCGAAACGUCAACGGUACACUGGUCCAGACCUCCGUUCCUCAGAACGAGGCCGAGCUCCAAUUGUACAGAGUUAUGCAACGAGCUUCGCUUCUCGGUUACUACGACACUCUUCUGGAAAUGGGUGGUGACGACGUGCAGCAACUCUGCGACGCCGGGGAGGAGGAAUUUCUGGAAAUAAUGGCGCUCGUUGGUAUGGCGAGCAAACCAUUGCACGUGAGGAGAUUGCAGAAGGCGCUUCAAGAAUGGAUCACGAAUCCUUCGCUUUUCCAAACACCAGUAGUGCCUACAAAUGCGAAUAAGAAUUCAACGAGCGGAGUUUCGGGUUUCUCUUGCGCGAGUCCGAGAUCCCAACAACCAACGACGAACCUGUCGACUUCGACGACCACUUUGUUCGGUGGAAAUUCACAAAGCACGGUCACGCCAGGCGGUUUUACAACGAGUCAAGUAGCUCUGACACCUUUGCCGAGAAGAAGCGCGAGUCCGGUCGUUCCUGUGGCCAAUGUCGCGGCUCCUGUCGCAACUACGACUUAUCGACACAGUCCUAGUCCUAACGCCCCUCUUUCGUACACAGCUUCUCACAGUCCUGGCAUUUUACAGGUGGGAACGUGCGAAUCAUCCUGCGGUAGUGGGACAACGCCGAGUCCGAGUGGCGGUGGAGCACCGGCGAGUCCGACCCAACCAACGCCGUCACUCCUUGCGUCUCAAGUUCAGAGGCUGGCCGAAGCUGCAGAGCGUCUCGCAUCAACGAUUCGUCCUCUCGAUCCGAAGCCUCAUAACGUCAAAAAAAAGAUCUGUAAAAAUCUCGAGAUGGUCAUGGCUAUUCCGGAAAGCGAUCCGAGGAGAAUGGAAGAAAUUAGAAAAUAUGCUGCAAUCUAUGGGCGAUUCGAUUGCAAGAGAAAACCCGAAAAACCACUCACUCUGCACGAGGUGUCGGUCAACGAAGCUGCUGCACAAAUAUGUAGAUUCGUUCCAGCUCUGCUGACCCGCAGGGAUGAACUGUUUCCACUCGCUCGUCGUGUCGUACGGGAUUCUGGAUAUCAUUACUCCAAAAGCCAGUAUAUGAUGAUGACCAGAUCAAGGGAAAACGGUGACGAUUCGGAGAGCGAGCGCUCGAAGCGCCGUCACCUCGAGCCUGCGGAUGGCGAGGACGAGGACACGUCCCAGGCGGAGUUGGAUUUACGUUGCUCUGGAUCCGAUGGGAAUAAUUUGAAUUCGAGACGGCACAGUUCCUCCAGUCCAGUCUGGCGGAAGAAGAGUAAUAACGGUAUUUUCGGUACGAGCAUCGAAGAAAUAAGCGAUUCCGACAGCCAAUUUUCCUUCUCUAACGAAGAAUCUUCAUCAACGCACGACCUCAAUGAAGUAGAAGCUGAUAACACUGAUAAGGAAGGAGAUUUCAAUUUGAAGGUGAUUGCGUCAAGAGGUGACAAUAUAAUAGCAGUGGCAAAUCCCGCAUUGAUGGAGUGCAAUCAUCCGAUAAAGAAAGAGCCAGAGGACGAGAAAUCAGCACUGUGAUAUUAAAUAAUAAAAUUUUCGGGAGCGACUACAGAAAUAAGAAAAAAACGAAUGAAAAUGAAUAAUUGCGAAUGCACUUAGGAUUCGGGAGUUUUCAUCUUCCCAAAAUGAUGAUAUUUAUUUCGUUGCUCGUGGUCAUUUUGAGUAUGGUCCUCCUGAUAGCAUUAGUUGUCUCAAUUGUACAUAUACUUUAUUCCGGCCAGUGAAUCGAUAAUAGAAUUGGAUAAAACACAAAACAAUAAAUAAUUGCCAUAAUGUAACUUAUAAUUUAUGUGUGUUGCCUCUCAUUAAACAGAAGGAACGUUUUUUUUUGCGUGCGCCAGUUUUUCCGCUUUUUGUUCGUUAUAUUACUAGUAACAGAUCUCUUGGCGAACUGAGAAUCGACCAUUCGAAUGGUAAAGCAAUAUGUAAAUAUAAGAGAAGAUAAAAACAUGUUUUCUAUUAUGUAUAUCUGAAAUACAAUCGUUUCAAAUGA